AUGGCAGACCGCACGAAUAACAAGGCUCUUAGGCUUCGUCCCAUAUGGAAGCCCACCAUCCCCCAGGAGCAAAUACCAAUGAACAUCUAUCGCGAGCAUAUCAACAAGAAGUUUAAUCAGCAGCUUCGCUCAUCCCACGAUCUACAUCAAUGGUCCGUUGAGAAUCUGCAAGACUUUUGGACAGAUCUCCAUGGCUAUACGGAAAUUAUCCCACCAUUGCCUUCGACUGUAACAUCUGCAUUUGAUCCUACUACGCCAAUGGACAAAAUUCCCAAAUUCUUUCCCGAAGCAACGGUCAACUAUGCAGAGAAUGUAGUGACUGGUCGGAACUCGAACAAGACGGCCCUUAUUGGAAUCCGAGAGGGCCAGGAUCUCGAUGGGGAAGUGUGGACAUGGGGGCUAUUGAGGGAGAACGUGAGAAAGUCAAGGAGUGCUUUGCUCCAGCUCGGUAUCAAACAAGGAGAUCGGGUUGCUGCUAUCAUCUCGAACAGCGUCUGGUCGGUCGGUAUGUUCCUGGCAACUGCGAGUAUCGGCGCCAUUUGGACCAGUAUUGCACCGGAUUUGGGUGAGGAGGGCUGUGUAUCGCGGUUGCAACAAGUUACUCCACGAAUCCUCUUUGCAGAUGGCGAAUCCACAUACAAGGGGAAAAUGCGAUCCAACGUUGCUAAAAUCCAGAGUAUCGUGAAGGCACUGCGCACGAAACCACUCGUGUUUUUGAUCUCUAUCACCGGCGCCCAUGAACCGGCAUUUCCCAAUCUGGAUGACUUCUUGGCGAUGUCGAGAGAAGAGGACAAACUGGAGUUCAAGAGAGUGUCCUUCUCUCAUCCACUCUACAUCCUAUACACCAGCGGCACCACCGGUCAGCCAAAGUGCCUAGUUCACAGCCAUAGCGUUAUUUUGCAGCACAAAAAGACAUCUAUGCUACACAAUUCUUUGACAUCCGACGAUAUCGUUUUCCAGUACAGCAGUACCUCCUGGGUCUUGUGGAAUGUCAUGGUCGGUCACUUCUCCGUUGGCCCCACUCUGAUUCUAUACGACGGAUCUCCGUUGUGGCCCAGUGCCAAAGGACUGGCGAAAAUCGCAGAUUACCACAAAGUCUCGUACUGGGGCUGUUCUCCUCGCUAUCUGCAGGAGCUUGAGAUGACCGGCUGCAUCCCAAAGAACGAGUUCGACUUGUCCUCUCUCAGAAUGGUGCAGACGGGCGGCUCUCACUUAGGUGAAGACCAAUAUCACUGGUUCUACCGCACAUUCCCCUCCAAUGUUCAUCUCACCAGUGUGACAGGGGCAACGGACUUGGCUACUUCUUGGAUUGGUACUGACCCUGCAGGUCCGCUGUACCCCGGAGAGAUCCAGCUUCCUAUGCUUGGACACGACGUGGAUAUUGCGGAUCCUGUCACGGGAAAUUCUAUUAAGACUACUGGAAGAAAUGGCGAAUUCGUCUGUCGCAAGCCAUUCCCUUCAAUGCCGGUCUUUUUCUGGGGUGAUGAGGAUGGAUCGAAAUACAAGAGCGCAUAUUUCGAGAAAUUUGAAGAUUGCUGGGCUCAGCACGACUGGGCGAGUUAUAACCCACAUACUAAAGGUUGGCAAAUUCAUGGAAGAAGCGAUGGUGUCCUGAAUCCACAGGGCAUUCGUUUCGGGUCGUCAGACAUAUACUCCAUCACCGAAUCAGCUCCAUUCAACUCGGAUCUCUCAGCCACUCUGUGUGUCGGGCGUCGACGUCCGCAUGAUUCUGAUGAAGUUGUAUUUUUGUUCAUCGUCAUGCAGUCUGGAAAGCCGUUCACAGAUCAACUUGCCGUGGAACUCAAGGACGCAAUUCGCAAAGGCUUGAGCAGUAAGCACGUUCCUCGUUUUGUGGUCGAGGUCAAGGAAUUCCCUAUGACGGUAAACGGUAAAAAGAUUGAGACAUUGAUCAAGCAGGUCAUCUCGACUGGUCAGCUUCCCAAGACUAUCAGCAGCACCGUUGCAAAUCCUGGGUGCCUGGAUCACUUUAGGCAGUUUUAUAAUCUUGAGGUGCAAAGGGAUAAUAAGAGUAAGCUAUAG